CCCAUACAUCCCAUAAUUCUUUGAGGCAGCGUCACGGAGAAGCAAUAUACGUCAACAAAGCCAGCAACACAGCUGGAUCCCAUUUUUAUUGCUACCCAAGUCCUGUCUGCCUGACAAAAUGGUCAACGUCCUCAAGGGUGUCCUUGUUGAAUGUGACCCGGCCAUGAAGCAGUUUCUGCUGUACCUAGAUGAAACGUCAGCCCUGGGAAAGAAAUUCAUCAUCCAGGACCUGGACGACACGCACGUGUUUAUCUUGGCUGAGGUGGUCCAUAUCCUCCAGGAGAGGGUGGGAGAGCUUAUGGACCAGAACUCUUUCCCCGUCACCCAGAAGUAAAGGAGAGCAGAACACUGAGCUCGUCACUGUAGAACUAAGGACAAUGUACCUUUGGCAGCCUGUCUCUACUGACUGGACGGAUCUUUUGAAUUGAUUACAUUGUUUGCAGAAAAUUCACUUUCUACUGGGUUAAGAAACACCCUUUAGAUAUAAAAACAUUGAACAUCUUUAUCCUUUACAUGCAUUACAUAUUUGCAUUGCUAUCCGCACAUGUAUCAGUGGUAGCAGAGUUUUUGUUGGGAUUUACGACUCUGUUGUAAGGUUGUUCAUAUAAUUGAUCCAGUGUGGAUGUAAAAAAAAUGACAUGAAACAAAUAUACGCUGAUGGUUGAGUGAAGAUGCAUACCCAGUAUUAACUGUUCUCCUGGUGUGUUGUAAGUGCUGACUUUAAUACAUAACUCUAUGGCUUUUCAAAAACGUGGAAUAAACUUUUGAUAUGCUUGUA